AUGGCAGCGCGGCGAACGACGACCCAGGCGGAGGGAUUUAGCGGGGACUACACCCAAGCGCCUGUCCGAUCGCAGCGACUCCUCUUCGUUGCUGAGACCAGAAGAAAGCCGGGACGUGACGGAGGGGGUGUUUUACUUGCUGGAGGCCCGUUAGACCACCGAUAAAUUCCGCUUCCUCUCAGUGUCCUCGUCGCCAGAGAGACGUUUUGUGACCCGACGCACCAGCUUCAUCCUAGAACUAAUUUCUUCAACAUGUCCUGGCAAAGCUACGUGGACAACCUGAUGGCUGACGGCAGCUGUCAGGACGCGGCCAUUGUUGGGUACACGGACGCCAAAUACGUCUGGGCAUCGUUUGUCGGCGGUACAUUUGCCAACAUAACGCCUGAAGAAAUUGACGUGCUAAUAGGAAAGGACCGAGAGGCAUUCUUCACCAGUGGGAUGACCUUAGGUGUUAAAAAAUGCUCCGUAAUCAGAGACAGCCUCCACCUUGAUGGCGACUGGACAAUGGACAUCCGGACAAAGAGUCAAGGCGGAGAGCCAACAUACAACGUUUCUGUAGGCAAAGCCGGCAAAGCAAUGGUUUUUGUCAUGGGGAAGGAAGGUGUCCAUGGAGGGCAGCUCAACAAGAAAGCUUUUCAGAUGGCUGAGUACCUGAGGAAGUCCGGAUACUAAAGCAGCCUGUACCCAGCCACCUAGCAGCUCGCCCCAACCACCCUGUUGCAUUUCACACAACUUCCAGUCCUAGUUGGUAGUUUCUCAUGUUUUUUCUUUUUUUUUUUUUCUUCUGCCUUCUCUCCUCCCCAAUUUGUUAUCCCUGUUUAUUUUUCAUUAUCCUCUACCCCCGACCUCCCCUCUCUUCUCCAGCAACACCUGUGCUGUGUCCUCUACCCCCUUUAAAGCACUAUAUAAGUUGAUCCAUAGAUGAGCAUGUUUCUAACGGGUUGUCAUGACAAAUCUGUACUUAACCGAGACCAGCAAAAAAAUAAAUUCUGGCCAAACACUCUUGACAGUGAAAGCGUCAAAUUGAAGUAGUUAUUUUUAUUUUUCUCUCCCUUUUUGUCACGGUGCCCAUAACUUAACCCCCCCAAGCCUGAUCACACACACACUCCCUCCCUGAGCAGCCAACGCCAUUGGAGCACUUGAGCGGUAACCAAGCUCGUCAUGUCUUCCUUUUUACCCCACGCCACCACAUCAUGUCCGGGAGGGGAGACUGCGUGCAUAUCUCGGUCCACCGUCGUCCCCCACCCCUCCACACUCCAGCCAAACAUUAUCUUUCUCUUCCCCCCCCAUGCACUGUUUAUCCAUCAAAACAGGUGGCUCAACGAACCUCACAGACGACUCUUCUUCACCACUCAACUGUCCUCUAGCCUCCCUCCUUCAGAUUCACUGCUCUGUCCUGAAUAUGUAGGGGUUUAUUUGGGGGGGGGGGAUUGUCCUCUCCUCCCAACAUCACCCCACCCCCCAACUACACUAAAACCCAUGGACAUUCCACAGUAACAACAGCUCAGGCACUUAAAUCUGUUUUUGUUUGCCAGCUCCUGUAAUAUAUUUUUUAUUUGUUUUAUUUUGAAAGGCUGCCAUUUUUCGGACAGUAGAUAACCCAGCAUAUAACCACCUGGAGUAUGUCCAGUUUGAAUUCUUUUCUUUUUAUAGGACCAAGUGUAGUCGAAGCUCGGGUGUUUAUACAAUUGCUCUAAACCAUGUGAAGGAUGACCGCUAACUAUUUUUUUUUUUUUUUUUUUUCUGAUGAAGGAAACACUAAGCAGACAGUACUACAUUGUAAUAGUUAAACUCUGACGCUACAGGGGAGGUAAAGGUGGGAGAAUCUGAAGUAAAUUCUCAUGUUUUUUUUCUUUCACGCUUGUUCAGAAAACAAACUGCAUUUGUAUAAACCCACGCUGUGUUGACAACUACAAAACUGUGGAAUAAAUUGCCUUCUACGCUAUAGUCAACUGAGCUCUGGGGUAUCGCGCGGUCUGUCCUCGGUCAGUACUGCUAACUGUAAUGUCCAACUGAGAAAAACGCUCAAACGUAGACAUGACACUCAAUGGAGGAUGGGAUUGGUUGGAACAAAGACGCUCAUGGUUGUCUUGUCGCAAACUUAACUGCAGAUCCUGUGUAUCCUGUGCCAUAAUGUAGAGAGAUCUGUUGCUGUUGUAAGAUGGAUUUUACCCACUGUCCACUAAAGUCAUUUCAUUGGCACUUUUGUUGUCUUUACUUUUUUGUCUAGCUUCAGCUCCACUGUUUAGGCCUUGUGGGAUAUAUGUACUCAUUAAAAAAAAACCUGUUUCAAGCCGUGUUUGCUGAUUUAUGUUCAUUUCCUUUUUUUCCUCACCACUUUUUUCUUUUCUUACAUCUGGGAUUCAGUCUCUUUUAAUGCAUUUGAUUUCAUAUGCAUCAAACCAAGAAAUGCCAUGAAUUGAUUUAUCACCUUGUUUACAGAAAGAUCAAAUAAAUUUAUUCCAACCAGA